CAAACCUGGAAACGAUUCUUUCCUCUUUCGGCGUGUGCCUGCUGCCGAAGAGAUGAUUACAAAUCUCCCGCCCGCGCUCUGCUGCUGACUCCAUGUCCAUCUCCUGCCACAAUGCAGCAGCAGCACCGUCUAUUCUUGUCACCUAUACGCUUUUCGUAUUGAUAAUAAUGGCUAGUCUGGCUGAUCACUUAGCUAACACCUGCCUAAUCAAACGCUGCCGAGGCUGCCCAGGAAAGGCACCCGUUUACAUGGACCUUUCCACGCACAACCAUCCUCUCGUGACGCGUGGACUGAGCAUGUCGCGUGCCGACAUGUCUCAUCAAGACGCUGUGUCAUGUGCGUUGCCACGAGACCACAAUCUCCAUGUUUUCCAAUGCUUGACAAUCAUAUCCAGCUCGAUUGGAUUUGCCAUCAUCGCCACCAGCCCGGCUUCCAUCCCCAUCCGUCUUCCACGCCCAAUCGUCGUCCACGAGCGUGCCAGGAUUCCCAGCCAUGCUACGGUAGCUUCCAAUCUCUCUGUGUCUGGAUUUCGGUGUAACCAGGCGGCCAUCGAGGGCGAUCACACGCGACAUCACGUUGGCACCAUCCAGCCUCGAGUCCAACUUGCAUGCGGGCGGGGAGGUGGGCACGAUGAUCCCCCCCGGGCAUUUACCGUCUUAGGACGUGUUCGCCGCUGCGCGUAUAUCCAUCAUCCAUCGUUAUUCUUAGCGGCCAAUGACGGAUUCCAGGCGGCACGGAUCAUGCGUGCCGUGGAUCGCAAUACUAUCCUUCUCCAGUGUUGACGCGGGACUCUUGGGUGACAGCAGCAGGUCACACCUGACGAUGCGUAAGCUUGACACAUGCGUGCAAAGCCUUGCUCAGUGACGCGCUCUCUUUCCUUGCUCCUCAUUCACCGUGUUGGGCCAUGUGCGAAUCGACUUUGGCCAUUGUAGAUUUGGUGGCAAACUCAUCAAAGCCGCCAG